CUGCACUAGCUAUGCCCCAGUUACCGCCCCGCUGGUCUUCCACAGUACCUCAUCCACAUCGUGACACCCGUCAGCUACGUAAUUACUGUAUCCAACUUCUUUGUGUUCGCCUCCCUCGAAAGAGGAGCACUUCUUAUCUACCGAGCCUCACUUGGCAUCUUAUACCGGAGAUUUCCACCUCGGUCAUUGAACGUCUCCAUGGACGAGCUUCGCGCGAAACAGCUUAGACUGCCUGUAGGAUAAACCCGCCUAACAUGGCAACCUACAAACGUACGCCGCAGCCGGGUACGCUGCCCAAAGCGAGCAUCCUUAAUGCCCUACGAGCGACCUCCAUGGUAGAAUCGAGGACAGCCCUUCCUGCCGAGGUCCUCGUCUCCAUCCUUGACUACUUGCCCGUCCCAGAUCUCAUGCGGUUCGCAAGGACGUCUUCCCGUAUGCGUGAAAUGGUCUAUGAUGAUACAAGGUGGGUCGCCAGGCUAAAGGCCAUGGAGCUUUGGAGUGAUUUGGAAGCAAAGAAGAGAUUUGAGGAUGCUCUGAAUAAGAAACGUGAUGCCGCUCGGUUGGCUGCGAAAGGCAAUUCAACCCUCGGCGGCAGCAAAGAAGGGAGCACGACUAUAUUUGACGCAGCGAUAGAGGAGGAACGGCGAUUGGCAGCCACCACUCAGGUGACCCGACAAACAGGGGCCGCGAUCGAUGGUUUCGAGACUUUAAGUCUGAACUCCGCUCAGCCUCGAUCUCCUUUUAAAGACCCCGCGGCCCUUCUGAACGUCCUCAAAGACGUUCGUAGUGUGCGAGGCCAUGCAAGACAGGAAUUUGCCAAGGUGUAUGGGGCACUGGCACCUUUCUACUUUGAUCUGGCUCAGGCGAAAACCCAUACUGAGCCUGUCGUUUUCAAGGUUUUCCGGGAUCCCGAAAGGCAGGCGCAAAUGCUGUCUAAUCUGCAGGCGUUCAGCAAAUGUGACUGGACUGAUGGCUGGUCGCAGAGAGUAGGCAAGCUGUCAAGUAUGGUGACCAUCUUUGAGGGUGCUGUGUUGCGUGAGUUCGAGCAAGGCUAUGAGUUUUGGGAUGUCGAUGGCAGGAUGCGACGAUAUGCCCAUGUCCUGCACUCGCUCAAUGGAGGCAGUGCAGCUACAGACCUCUUUAUUCAGAAGCACCCAAUAUUCAAUGAUCGCGAGGCACUUGGGAAUCCCAUCGACUGCGUUAAUCAGGCACCCCGUGAUGACAUCACGCUCGAACCUUCGCGUGCCUUUUUCGAAUUACUCAUGCGCAAGUUGAACGAUCAAAGUGCCAACAUAAGUCGCAUCUUCCCGCAGCCCGCUGAUGUGUUUUGGUCAUUUGUUGACAAGGUUCGCGAAGAUAUCAUCAUGGAGUAUGUCACCCCAUUGUUGGAUGUAACACAUGAUAGACACACUCCCCCCUAUCUGAAAGCGGUGUCGGGUCUUUUUGAGCAAUGCAUGCAGUUUGUGCAAUCCUUAGAGUCGCCUGGCGGCUCAAAAAUCUCCACUGAAGACCAUGCGAAAUCGAUUUGUUUAAAAGUGUUCGAACCACAUAUGGAUUUAUAUCUCCAAGAAGAAUUAGAAAACUUCACCAUGUAUGCAGAGCGCGAAGUAAGAAACUGGGAACAGAAGCUAUCAGAACAGUAUGCCACUGUUGAGUCCUUCUAUAUGGGCAAUUUCAACCGUCAGGCAGACAAGAACGAUUUUCUCAGUUCUUUCAAAAAGGUGGUGAUGAUGCCUGUGUCAGUCCUUCCUGGUGCUUUUGGAAGUAGCAAACCUGCUACGACGCGUGCCACCGCGAAUCCAGCAAUUCGUUCAUCAAUAACUGGCACUCCGGCAUCAUCUCGCCCUCAGACGCCCGGGCUCGGAAGCCACUUGGACCGGUCAGACAGCCCGCUGCCCAUUGAAGCACCAACUGAUGAGCUGAAAGCAAAAGCAGCACUCAUGGCAAAUCGGCUUGAAGGGAUUAAGAGUCUUUUUAGCAUUGAAGUUGCCUUGGAUUUAGUACAUGCUGCCAAAGAGAAUUUAGGCCGAGCCGCCAAAUUUGUUCGACUUGGUGGGCAAGUGGGCGAAGAAGCCCGAGAACAAUGUGAAGCGAUUUUCGUGGCACUGGUCAAAGUUCUUGGCCAAACACACGUAAAGAACGGCUUUGCCAAAGCAGUCGACCAUUUGUCACGUUAUAAUCCUCGCGAAAUCAGUGAUCAUAGUCAGACCGCUGUUGCACCACUUGUCAUGUUUAUCGAGCUAGUUAAUGUGGGCGAUAUUAUCUCGCAAAUGAUUGAGGUCUUUUACGAACAACAACUUGCGGCGCCAAAGAUUGCUGACAAGAACGACUUCAUGGAUCCAGCCGGCUUAGCCAAGAAAAAGUUCGAGCAGAUGCUUGACGAAAACGUCGCUGCCGGGCUCAAUAAAGGUAUUGACGUACUUAUGGAUGAGGUAGAAUACCUAUGUGCUACUACGCAACUUCCUACAGACUACAACCCCCCAUCGCCAUCACAAGGGAAUGGGCAGGCAAAAGCGACCGAUAUUGGCCCAACAGUUACAGCGAGGCGUAUUACAGAGCUAGUCUCGUCCCACACCAAAAUGCUAACAGGAAGCACGGAGAAGACCAUGCUUGACGUCUUCAACGGCGAAGUUGGAUUGCGCUUAUUCACGGCGCUGUGCAAACACCUCAAACGGCAACGUAUCAGCACUGAAGGCGCCAUGAACUUAAUUGCGGAUAUGACCAUAUAUUUUGAAUAUAUUCGGACACUUAAAAACCAGGAUCUGUUGGUCUAUUUCAAGGCACUUCGAGAGCUCAGCCAGAUAUAUUUGAUUGAUGCUCGGCAUGCAAAGGAAAUGGCGAUCAUCAUAGCAGAUAGCGACCGUUUUGGUGGUGUCUUUCGCGCUGAAGAGGUAUAUGAGUACGCCGAAAGGCGCGCUGAUUGGUAUCAAGUCAAGCGAGAUGUCGAAAGGGCAAUGUACGGGUUGGAGUGUCAGAUCAUGUGAACGGUACAACUGGUGAGGGUCUCGAACUAUGUUAGGGUAUAUCUGUUUGGAUCGGGGAUUCUACCCAGACCUUCAACACCAACGGUCGUCUAGGGAAUGAAACAUAACGCAUUGAGUGUGGCCCUCAGUUGAUUGUGAUGGAAUGCGCGUCUAGCUCUACAGAAAGGUCAACGCAUUGCGGCUCAAGCGCCAGUCCAAGCAUGACGGAAAA